AUGCAGCACAACCCUCUCAGCUCGUCACGCGCCCACUUCAAUCGCGUGCCAGCCCCCUGCUGCCAGCCCCCUGCUGCCAGCCCCCUGCUGCCAGCCCCCUGCUGCCAGCCCCCUGCUGCCAGCGCAGCAGCCCCCAUUGCCACCUUCCCGCCUCCCCUCCUCCCCGCGCUCCCCCCAUGGCAGGUGGUGGUGGCAGAGGGCGCCCCCUGCUACGGCGGGCACAAGCUGGCGGCGGCGCUGGCAGGGCGGGGGGUGGCGGUGACGGUGAUAGCGGACGCGGGGGUGUUCGCCCUCAUGGCGCGCGUCAACCUCGUGCUGCUCGCCGCCCACGCUGUCAUGGCCAAUGGCGGCGUGCUCGCACCCAUUGGGCUGGACAUGGUGGCACUGGCUGCGCGCCGCCACGCCGUGCCCUUCGUGGUGCUCGCCGGCAUCUUCACUGUCAGUGCUGCUGCCUCCACCUGUCCCCCUCCUCCCCUCCACCUCCCCUCUCCACCUGCCCCCCUCCUCCCCUCCACCCCCCCUCUCCACCUGCCCCCCUCCUCCCCUCCACCUCCCCUCUCCACCUGCCCCCCUCCUCCCCUCCACCUGCCCUCUCCACCUGCCCUCCACCUGCCCUCCACCUGCCCUCUCCACCUGCCCUCUCCACCUGCCCUCCACCUGCCCUCCACCUGCCCUCUCCACCUGCCCUCCACCUGCCCUCUCCACCUGCCCUCCACCUGCCCUCCACCUGCCCUCCACCUGCCCUCCACCUGCCCUCCACCUGCCCACUUGCUGUCCUGCACUCACUUUCUGCGCCUAUGA